GGAGGAAGAGAGAGAGAGAGAGAGAGAACCGGCCGUCGACUGUUCGGGCCUGUCCCCACAUCUAGCGCAGCCCGCCUGGCGAUUUCCUUUCCCUCUUUCUCUCUCUCUCUCUCUCUCUCUAAAAUGGAGCGCAACGCAGAGCCUUCCCUUCCCUCACUUCUCUCCUCACCCUCCAUUGUUUCCUUUUUCUUAUAAAUACAUAAGAAAUGGAAGAACACCAACCAAGACCAGUCCUGCUUUGACGCCCACCUCCUCAUCUCCUCCUCCUCUUUCCUCUAUCCCCUCCUUUUUCCUUCUCUUUCCCCCUGCCGGAGACUACUGACCGUUUUCCCCGGCCAUAUUUCCGGCCAACGGGAUCUGCGUCUCGCUUUGCCUUCUCCUAUUGUUGUUAAAAGUAAUUCACAACAAAGGAGAAAGGCUCCCCUGUCGUUCCUGCUACUCUGCAGGAAUCCCGUUGGAGCGGUGACCAGAUCCCAAUGGCAGAAGCUAAGCCCUCCCCACAGCCUGAAAGGCUCCCUUCCUCCCGGAAGCUGCCGGAUUUCCUUCAAUCCGUGAAGCUCAAAUACGUAAAACUCGGCUACCACUACCUCAUCUCCCAUGGAAUGUACAUCUUGCUCUUCCCUCUGAUCGCCAUCAUUGCCGCCCAGCUGUCGACGUUCUCCCUACAUGACCUCCAUGUCCUCUGGAACCAUCUCCGCUACAACCUCAUCUCCGUCAUCCUCUGCUCCACCCUCCUUGUCUUCCUUUCCACUCUGUACUUUCUGACUCGUCCCCGAUCCGUCUACCUGGUUGAUUUCUCUUGCUACAAGCCGGAUGAAGCUCGGAAGUGCACCCGCAAACGGUUCAUGGAUUGUUCCCGGCAAAUUGGCACCUUCACCGACCAGAGCCUCGAGUUCCAGCAGCGAAUCCUCGAAAGAUCAGGCCUUGGUGAGACCACUUACCUUCCAGAAGCCGUUCUUAACAUACCACCCAACCCGUCAAUGGCGGAAGCAAGAAAGGAAGCAGAGACCGUCAUGUUCGGCGCUCUGGACAAGCUGUUCGAGAAAACUAAGAUCAAGCCCAAGGAUGUUGGCAUCCUAAUCGUGAACUGCAGCCUCUUCAACCCCACCCCUUCGCUCUCCGCCAUGAUUGUCAAUCACUACAAGCUUCGUGGUAAUAUCAUCAGCUAUAAUCUUGGAGGAAUGGGGUGCAGCGCCGGCUUGAUCUCCAUUGAUCUCGCAAAGGAUCUCCUUCAAGUACAUCCCAACUCCUACGCUCUGAUUGUGAGCAUGGAGAACAUCACUCUGAAUUGGUAUUUCGGCAACAACAGAUCAAUGCUGGUCUCGAACUGCCUCUUCCGAAUGGGAGGCGCGGCGAUUCUUCUCUCCAACAAAGGCUCCGACCGGUGGCGGUCCAAGUACCGCUUGGUCCACACGGUUAGAACUCACAAGGGCGCAGACGACAAGUGCUUCGGGUGCGUGACCCAGGAAGAAGAUGAAAACGGCAAGAUUGGCGUCUCCUUGUCAAAGGAUCUAAUGGCUGUUGCAGGUGAUGCAUUGAAGACGAACAUUACCACACUUGGUCCUCUGGUGCUGCCCAUGUCUGAACAGUUGCUCUUCUUUGCCACAUUGGUGGGGAGGAAGCUACUGAAGAUGAAAGUUAAGCCCUACAUUCCAGAUUUCAAGUUGGCAUUCGAGCAUUUCUGCAUUCACGCUGGCGGUAGAGCUGUUCUUGAUGAAUUAGAGAAGAAUUUGAACUUGUCGGAAUGGCAUAUGGAGCCAUCCAGGAUGACAUUGAACAGGUUCGGAAACACUUCCAGCAGCUCCUUGUGGUACGAAUUAGCUUAUACAGAGGCAAAGGGGAGGAUGAAGAGGGGCGACAGGAUGUGGCAGAUUGCAUUUGGUUCGGGGUUCAAAUGCAACAGUGCUGUAUGGAAGGCUUUGAGGACCAUAAACCCGGCGAAGGAGAAGAAUCCAUGGAUGGAUGAGAUCGACCAAUUUCCGGUGGUGGUACCAAAAGUUGCGGCCCUCUGAAAUGGUGGCUUCCAACCUGAUUCGGUUGGUGUUGUGCCCUGUAACUCUUUGAUUUAGAUGUGUUUGUUUUAGUGUUAAAUCGGUGGCUGAACGAUGAUCUUAUGGAGGAAAAAUUACCAGGGGAUGCGAAUUUUUACUUCUGAAAAUUCGUUAGGAGAUUAAUGCGUUGGAAAGGGAAUCCAGAGGAUUUCUUUGAACUAUUGGAACUCGAAGCUAUUGAAUAUUCUGUAAGGCGACUUGAUCUUACUUUUCAAUGGAGGUCUCGUGCCAAUUGUUUUGGUUCA